UUUAUUUCACCACCACCAACUAAUCCGCCACUGACCGGCACCGACAGGCGACAGCGCAAUUUCGCCUUCCGAAACAAAAACAAAACGCCCACAAAUCCAUAAAAGCCCGCGGCAAUUUCUUCAGCUUCGACUUCAACGAUUCGAUUCUGCCACUUCUUAGUCGUAACCUUGGAUCAGGGUUUUGGGUUUAAGCCUCUAAUAACCCAUUUGCAUCAGUUCUUCGAAAAUCGCGCUCCAAUCUGACAUUGGGAAGUUCAAAUGAAGAAGAAUCACAAUCCCUACUAUCCAGAUCGGAAAUGGCUGAUGCCAUUGGCCGUAUUUUGCCUGCUCCUUCUGAUAUUCCUUCUAAUUGUUACUUCCGGCCACCCAAAAUCUUCUCCCGAUGCCAAUUUUUCCCAUGGCGCCACGAGAUUCGUAGACUCCAAUGGGAAUGAAGGUCUAGGGCUAGGGCUUCCGCCGUUGCCGAGAUUUGCAUAUUUGAUAUCAGGAACGAAAGGAGACGGUGGAUCGAUUAGGCGGCUUCUUCAGGCGGCAUAUCAUCCGAGGAACUACUAUCUGUUACAUCUCGAUCUUGAAGCUUCGGAUUCCGAAAGGCUUGAGCUGGCGAAGUAUGUGAAAUCGGAGAGCGUAUUGAGGGAGUUCAGGAAUGUGAUGGUUGUGGGGAAGGCCAAUUUGAUCACUGAUAAAGGCCCAACUAUGAUUGCCUCUACGCUUCAGGCGAUUGCCAUAUUACUGAAGCGCGCUAAGGAUUGGGAUUGGUUCAUUAAUCUCAGCGCUUCUGAUUAUCCUCUGCUUCCGCAAGAUGAUCUUUUGCAUGUAUUCUCCUACUUGCCAAGGGAUUUGAACUUCGUCGAGCACACGAGUAAUCUUGGUUGGAAAGAGGACUUGGGAGCAAAGACUAUAAUCAUAGAUCCUGCCUUGUAUCAUACAAAGAAAUCUGGAGUGUUUUGGGCAAAAGAGAGAAGGUCGAUCCCGUCGUCGUUCAAGUUGUUUACAGGAUCUUCGUUGGUGGUUCUCACAAAGCCAUUUCUGGAAUUCUGUAUAUGGGGAUGGGACAAUCUCCCUCGCACUCUCCUCAUGUACUACACAAAUUUCUUGUCUUCUCCAGAGGGUUACUUCCACACCAUCAUCUGCAACCACAAGGACUACCAAAACACUACCAUAAACCAAGAUUUGCAUUAUAUGAAGUGGGACAAUCCUCCGAACCAACACCCGAUUAACCUAACGUCCGAACAUUUCAUUGACAUGGUCCAGAGCGGUCUCCCUUUUGCUCAGAGUUUCGCCGAGAAUAGUUCGGUGCUCAACAGAAUAGAUGAGGAACUUUUGAAGAGGUCGAGCGGGCAGUUCACGCCAGGUGCCUGGUGCGUGAGGAGCCCGGUCUCGGAGAAGGGUCCUUGUGUGGCCUAUGGCAGUUCUAGUGCUGUUAAACCAACCAGCAGCUCGAAGAGGCUGGAAAAGAUUCUGGUGAAACUUCUUGAUCAUGAGAACUUCAGACCCAGACAAUGUAGAUAGAUCCCAAAAUUUUUACCCCUGUAUGAUUUAUGAAUGAAUUCUUUUGAUCCUUUUUCUUUGUUUUUUUCAUCCCUUGGAAGCAGCUACGUGGCAGAGUGAUUCCCCUCUGUACAGAAAAUGUGAAACAGCAGUUAUUUUUGGCUCUGUAAAGUGAAAAUUCUACCAUGUUAUAUAUUAUUUGCAUACAUAAAUGAUAUAAUACCAACAGUUUUUUUAUUCUUAA